AUAAGGUUGCGCCGUGACCAUAAACUAUAUUUAACCGAAUACGUUUUUAAGUGUUGCUUUAAACGAUCUAGUUGUAUUUAAAUUAAAUAAAUAGUUAGUUUUCAAAAUGUUUCAUGAUUAUGAGUCGAAAACUUUUGAGUUUUGUUCGUUUUGGAAAACUGAGAAAAGGCUUCGAGAUAGUAAUUCACAGACGAGCGCAAUUUUAACAUACGAUGUCGAAAACCAAACCACUCGACCACGUGACGCCAAAUGCCAAACCGAAACAUUUUCACAAUUAAUGAAAUCAAACUUUACUCAGCAAGAUGAAAAUAUUGAUCAAGAAAAACUUGCAAAGUUUUUAUCAAAUGUUGAAGAAGUUGUUUCAAAACAACUUAAAAUAAACAUUUCAUGCAACCAUCUUUAUCCUGGAAGUGUAAAACAUAGAAAUGCCAACGACAAGUCUAUUGUGUGCGAGCAUGUCUUGGAUGAAGAAGGUGUUAGACAAGAAAAAGAUAAUAUAAACAAAGAAGUGACUUGUAUAUCUUGGAGUGGAAGUGGAGCUUCUAUUGCUGUCGGGUUCGGAACAAAUGAAAAUAUCUCGUGGUCGGAAAACAAAUCGUUUGUUUGUUCCUGGAAUCUCGAUCGACCAAAGUUGAACCCACAUAAAUGUGACCACAAGUUGGAGGUAGAGAGCAGUGUGCAAGCCGUCGCAUUCCACCCAACAUUAGCCCAAUAUAUCGCUGUUGGUUUAUUCUCGGGAGUCGUACUUGUUUGGAAUAUUGUGAAAGAUGAUGUCAUAUAUGGGGAAUCCCCCCAUGAAGACCCAGUGACAUCAUUAUUAUGGUUUGAACAUCAAAACAGCAAGUACCUUAGGUUGGUAUCAGGAAGCACGGAUGGAAAACUUAUAUCUUGGAGAAUAAGAAAGGACAAAGAUUCAAACUUGAUGAAAAUCGAUCAAACGAAGAAAAUAAAUUCAAAGAAUCUUCCCAGACGAGCAGGGGUCAAAGGUCAAACAGCAAUCGGUAUAACUUGCCUCGAUUCCCCGAUACAUGACUCCCCACUGCCAUCUAGUGGUACGGCGGUCGUUGGUUGCGAAAAUGGGUCGGUUAUCAAAUGCUCACUGGAGGGGAUGGAGAGCAACCCGGUGACGUUCGUAUACGACAACCACGUUGGUCCUGUAUAUUCAAUCCAGUGGUCCAAGUUUCAUCGGAACUUAUUCAUCACGUGCGCUAUGGACCAACUCUGUCGUAUUUACCACGCACUACAAACCAACCCAUUACGUGAAAUACGAAUUGGAGGGAGUGUGUCAAACCACAUCUACUCAGCUUGUUGGUCGACCACUCGUCCAUGCAUGGCGUACGUGACAAGCGGCAACGAUAUCGAGGUUUGGGAUGUUACAACCCCCUCCCUCAUACUCGCUACCAAGUUAGGGAAACCCCCGGUUACCUCGAUGCGAAUGAAUCCAUCUCGACCCUCUAUCGCCACCGGGUGUUCAAACGGUGUCGUUCAAAUCUUGAAACUCGGGUCUUGUCUUGUACAUGCUGAUGAUGUCAUAAAGGAGGAAACAAUGGCGUUGUAUGACAUCACAAAGGAAACAAUUAACGAAUAAUCUUGUAAUCACUGUGAUGUUAAUAAAGUAUUAUUGCACAUGUA